AAAGGGUGUACCUUUCGCGCAGGGACUCUCGGCUCCGGGGCGGGGAGGUGGCUUUUUUCCUCCUGGGCUUUCUAGGCGGGUCUGGAUCCUCCCUGCCGGUUCUAGGCGGAGCCUUGGUCUCCCAGCUAGACCCUGAACUUGACCCCUUCCCUUCAUAUCCGGAUCCGGGCUCUUCCCCAAGACCGCCCAUCCGGCCUCCUCUCCGAAUAUUUGGGAUCUGACCCCUUCUUUUUAAUCCUACAGAUCUGACCCCCAGUAACUCACUGUAACCCUAAAACAAUGGGCUGACUCCUGCCCCUCGCCAGCGAUCCAGGUCACCUCCCCUACGGUAACAGGGAUAACAUCUUUCCCCUGGAAUUGCAGAUUAGAUUCCUUUCCCCACCCAACCUUCCGUACCUCCAGUACCCCAGUUUGUCCUGUUUUGUAAUUACUUAGGCUUGGGCUGUGAAGGCCCCGGGACCUCAGAACUGACCCUUUGCUUUCCCACCUGGAGCCUGGCUCCUCCAGUGAACCCUCCCCAAUGCCCUGUAUCUGCAGGUCCCCAACCUGGGAAAAGAUGGCCCCACAGCCUCCGCGGGGCCUGGUCCUAGCUCUGUUCUGGGGCCUUAGCCUGUUUAUGAGCUUUCCGAGGCCUGCCUGCCUCCAGCCUUCUCCUCCUCCCCAUUCUUCUCCGCCCGCUGAGCCUCAUCCAUGUCAUACCUGCCGGGCACUGGUGGACAGCUUCAACAAGGGCCUGGAGAGAACCAUCCGGGACAACUUUGGAGGUGGGAAUACUGCCUGGGAGGAAGAGAAGCUGUCUAAAUAUAAAGAUAGUGAAACGCGCCUGGUGGAGGUGCUGGAGGGUGUGUGCAGCAAGUCUGACUUUGAGUGCCACCGCCUGCUGGAGCUGAGUGAGGAGCUGGUGGAGAGCUGGUGGUUUCACAAGCAGCAAGAAGCACCGGACCUCUUCCAGUGGCUCUGCUCAGAUUCCCUGAAGCUCUGCUGCCCCUCUGGGACUUUCGGGCCCUCUUGCCUGCCAUGUCCUGGGGGCACAGAGAGGCCCUGUGGUGGCUACGGGCAGUGUGAAGGGGAAGGGACUCGAGGGGGCAGCGGGCACUGUGACUGCCAAGCCGGCUAUGGGGGCGAGGCCUGUGGCCAGUGUGGCCUUGGCUACUUUGAGGCGGAGCGCAACAGCAGCCAUCUGGUAUGUUCGGCGUGUUUUGGCCCCUGUGCCCGAUGCACAGGACCUGAGGAAUCCCACUGUUUACAGUGCAAGAAGGGCUGGGCCCUGCAUCAUCUCAAGUGUGUAGACAUCGAUGAGUGUGGUACAGAGCGAGCCAGCUGUGGAGCUGACCAGUUCUGUGUGAACACAGAAGGUUCCUACGAGUGCCGAGAUUGUGCAAAGGCCUGCCUGGGAUGUAUGGGGGCAGGGCCUGGCCGCUGCAAAAAAUGCAGCCCUGGCUACCAGCAGGUGGGCUCCAAGUGCCUCGAUGUGAAUGAGUGUGAGACGAUGGUGUGUCCAGGAGAGAACGAGCGGUGUGAAAACACAGAGGGUGGUUACCGCUGUGUCUGCGCAGAGGGCUACAGACAGGUGGAGGGCAUCUGUGUGAAGGAGCAGAUCCCAGAGUCUGCAGGCUUCUUCUCAGAGAUGACGGAGGAUGAGCUCGUGGUCCUGCAGCAGAUGUUCUUUGGUGUCAUCAUCUGCGCACUGGCCACACUUGCUGCUAAGGGCGACUUGGUGUUCACUGCCAUCUUCAUUGGGGCUGUGGCAGCCAUGACUGGGUAUUGGUUGUCAGAACGCAGUGACCGUGUGCUGGAGGGCUUCAUCAAGGGUAGAUAAUCUUUGACAUCACCUACAGGAUCUCCUCCUACCCAGGCUGUCCCCCAGAGGUCAUCUUUCUCUCCUGACGACACCUGGGGCAGCUUGGUUUCUCUUUGAGAGUGCAGUAAACACCCUCUUACUUGCCUUACUGAGAAGCCCAGGACCCCAGGCCUAAGCAGGCAGGCAUGGUCCCUGGGGUGAAAAAGAAACCCUGAAGCUGAUGCUAUGAGGUCCUCACCUAGGGGACUGGCAGGCUCCACAUCAUGUGAAUUUCAAAAGACAGUUUCUCCUUAGGGAGGUUGCAGGGGAGCUUUGGCCCCUGCUCUGGAUGAGAGGGGUCCCCAUAGGGACCCAGGGCCACCACAGCCCUCCUGCCAGGUGCAUGCUGCCAGCUCCUGUUCUGUGUUCACCCCCUUCUCAGUCAUUGACUUAUUUAUUCAUCUCAGGAAAUAAAAGAACGUCUUGGAAACUA